AUGCGGCUGCUAUGCAGGAGGAGGACAACACGAGCAUCGCUAGACGACCUGCGACGGAAUGAGGCAUCAUCUCAACAAAUCGGUCAAUCGACCUACCAAUCCUUGCGCAUGGACACAUCUUCGAUGGUCGGCAAGGAAAGUUCUACCGCGACAGUCUCAGAAUCGAGAGGCAUUAGUGGCAUGGAUACAGUUAAUCGCUCGGACGACGCUGAUCUGUAG